CUUCUACCCUUCAUCGUAUCGCCUUCCGGUCCCAAAUCCCAAGAGGCCCGCUCAAAUGUAACAUCCACUAAACAGUGGGCGACGCGUCAAUUGAUAUGUUCCGUUUGCGAAGUCCUGUGGAGUCGCAUGACAGUGAACAAAUCCCGCGAGCGAUUAGCCCACUCCCAAAGCAUCCACUCUCUCCUGUCGGCUGGGAUUCUGGACAGUUUCGGCCUUGCCUAUACAACCGUUGCGGCGUGCCGAUUGCUUGGUUACCUAGAUGUGGAUCUAGCACUCUCCGAGGAUCAUGGCUGGGUUGAAUUCGGCCCACCUGAUGCGCGUCAGACAGCUGAUGUCGCCAGCUGGGUUCCGGGUGCCCAUCUGCUCCCCGCACGAGAUACCGAUGCACCUGAUCGAACUGUCGAAUCAAAAGCAGAUAGCGAAAAAUUGGACGACACGAACAAUCCACCUCCAAUUCGAGUUCCACCACUAGUUCAGUCUUGGCUCUAUGUGAACGGACAUCCGGUAAUUUGUCGGCCAUCAAUGCGCGCAGUUGCCGCGGCGGUUGCAGCUCUUCAACCGGGUUCAUCUCUUCCUGCCGGUUUACAGGCUCCUUUUUCCGCUCCUCCGGAUGGGAGCUUUGCCUCAUCCCCUUCGACACCAUAUCUUCACGGUUCUAAUGAUUUGAUCAGCCCCAACGGAUUAGCGCGACAUUUAUCUACCUCUUCUGCGAUGUCAAUGCAGGUGAGUGUGAUUCCACUUUAUCCUUUAACUGAUUGUGGUAUGUAUUAG